GGUGAAGGUGGGUCCAGACCCGCCCCAUGCCCAGGUUCAUAUAAGGCCAGGACAUCUGGGACUUCAGGCUCAGUCACCAUGAAGUCCUCCACAAGACCAGGCACCUUCCUGCUGGCCUGCACGCUUCUCUGCACCCUCGUGGGUCUUGGAUGUUCGCUGAGCUGCGAGAUGUGCAAGGGCUCCGGGCCCACGUGCAGCGGGAGAGUGAAGACCUGUGACGAGGGCAAAGACGCAUGCGUGAUCGUCGUGGGCGAGUCCAGCACGAAGGGCCAUCACUCAGUGAACACCUACAAGGGCUGCAUGAAGUUCAGUGACUGCUACCCGGGUUUUGUCUCCACCACCAUGGGCCCCAAGGACUACAUGGUGUCCAACACGCACUGCUGCCAGGGUGAUGGCUGCAACCGUGGCUCUGUGCCCCCUCCCCAGAACAACCGGACGGAGAACGGCCUCCAGUGUGCUUCCUGCAUCCAGCCCUUCCAGGAGACGUGCCCGGGCACGGAGAUGGCCAGCUGUGUGGGCCAGGAGAGCCGCUGUGUCUACUUCGCAGGCAGCGUGCAGGCAGGUAUCAUCAGGACCAAGUUUGCCACUCGCGGCUGUGCUACGGAGAGCGCGUGCGCCAGCAGGCCCGGGGCCCAGGUGCCCUCGGCGUCCUACCUGUACUACCUCCGGCGCGCAGACUGCCUUCCCGCCCGGCCCCACGGACCCCCAGCCUCCCAGCCCCGCGGCAGGGCUGAGUGACCCGCCUGGAGCAUGCAGCCUGAGCUCUCUGCUGGUCCUCGGCCUAUGAAUUAAAGAGAGUGGCAGAGCAA